AUGCCAUAUGGAGCUCCUACUGUGAAAUGCAAUGUCCAGUAUCCCGAGUACCCAGUUCACAAAUAUCAUCAAGCUGGGGACCUCAUCAUUGGUGGCAUAGCCUCUCAUGGAGUUUUUCUAUCUUAUGCCAAAGAUUUCAGAACAAAACCUCCACAUACAGUGGCUGAAGAGUUUAUAAUGCUUCCAAAGCAUUAUCAACAUAUUCUGGCUUUGGCCUUUGCUGUAAAAAAGAUUAAUGACAAUCCUCAAAUACUUCCCAAUAUCACUUUGGGAUUUCAAAUUUUUGACAAUUACUAUAGUGGAAAAUGGACCUAUCAUUCCACUAUGCUCCUUUUGUAUACAUUGGAGAAUUUCUUUCCAAACUAUAUUUGCAACAUGGAGAAGAAGCUGAUUGCAGUGAUUGGUGGACUGGAUUCUCUUACUUCUCUUGGCAUGAAGACUCUCCUGGACAUCUACAAGAUUCCCCAGCUCACCUACAGUCCAACUCCAGUGAUGAAGGAUCAAUCUUCUGGUCUCCCUUUCUACCAGAUGGUUCCUAAGGAAGAGCUUCAGUAUAAGGGGAUUCUGGCUCUGCUUCUGCACUUCAGAUGGAUAUGGAUUGGAGUGGUAGUUAUGGAUAAUGAGAACGGAGAAAGAUUUGUGCAAACUGUAUUUCCCAUGUUUUCUCAGAAGGGUGUUUGUUUUGCUUUCAUACAAAAAAUCCCUGUUGUAACAUUUAUUAAUGAUUUGUUUGAGAUGCUGCAUAAAGGGGAGAAUAUUUAUAAUGCUGUGAUCAGUAGUAAAGUUACAGUAAUACUUGUCUAUGGUGAAUCUCAUUCCCUGGGAUUGUUUAGAUUUGCAUCUUAUCUAUCAGAUGAAGAUGUAGACAGUAAACCUAGGAAGCUCCUAGGAAAACUAUGGAUCUUCACUGCCCAAAUGGAGAUUGUUUCCUUUGGAUUUCAAAGAUAUUGGGAUUUAGGAAUUUUCCAUGGAGCUUUAGGUUUUGCAUUUUAUUCCAAUGAUGUGUCUGGAUUUCAGCAGUUUAUUGAGAAUCGAAAUCCGUCCAUCACAAAAGGAGAUGGUUUUCUCAAAGGAUUUUGGGAGCAGAUCUUUAACUGUAAAUUUUUAAGUACAUCUAUCCAUCAAGACGAGGUGAACAUUUGCACUGGCCAGGAGAAAUUGGAGAGAAUCCCUGCACUCUUUUUUGAAAUGUCCAUGUCUGGCUAUAGCUAUAGUGUCUACAAUGCUGUCUAUGCUAUAGCCUAUGCGUUACAUGCCAUGUUUGCAUCUGGAUUCAAACACAAAGCAGUGGUGGAUGGUAGACUAUAUAUUCAUAACCAGCCAUUUUGGCAGCUUUCUAAUUUCUUGAGAAAUUCCACAUUUAAUAACAGUAUUGAAGAAAGGAUAACAUUUGAUAAAGAUGGGAAUUUACUAGCUGGAUUUGAUGUAAUCAACUUUAUCUUUUCUGAAAACCAGACAGUAGUGAAAAUAGGACACAUAGAUUCACAUUUUUCUCCAGACAAAAUGUUAAUCAUCAAGAAAGAUGCCAUAAUAUGGAAUAUGAAUGACUGUUAUGAUUGCACAGAUGAAAAUUAUCCCAACAAAAGGCAGGAUUCAUGCAUCCCCAAAGAUAUAAGUUUCUUGUCGUAUAAAGAACCUCUGGGGAUCACUUUAGCCUGUUUUUCUCUUUUCUGUUCCACAAUCACAAUUCUGAUACUAAGGAUAUUUUUAAUGCAUCACAACACUCCCAUCGUCAAAGCCAGCAAUCGGGAUCUCACCUAUAUUCUCCUUGUCACCCUCCUGCUUUGCUUCCUGUAUACAUUACUAUUCAUUGGUCAGCCCAAUAAGGUGGCAUGUAUUCUUCGUGAAACUGGUUUCAGCAUCAUCUUCUCUGUGGCUAUUUCCUGUGUGCUGGCCAAGACUGUGACUGUGGUCCUGGCUUUCAUGGCAACCAAGCCAGGAAGCAGGAUGAGCCAUUGGGUGGGGAAAAGAUUGGGCUAUACUUUUGUUUUAUUAGGUUUCUUAAUUCAGGUUGGGAUUUGCAUUAUAUGGCUGUCCAUCUCUCCUCCUGUCCCAGAUGCUGACCUUCACUCAGGAAAUGGAAAAAUUGUCCUACAAUGUAAGGAAGGAUCCAUUAUUAUGUUUUACUUUGCAAGGUGUUAUAUGGGCUUUUUGGCUAUGACCAGUUUUAUAGUUGCUUUCUUUGCAAGGAAAUUACCGGAUACUUUUAACGAAGCCAAGUUCAUCACUUUCAGCAUGUUGAUUUUUUGCAGUGUUUGGCUCUCCUUUGUCCCAACCUACCUGAGCACGAAGGGAAAAUACACAGUGACUGUGGAGAUCUUUUCAAUGUUAGCCUCAAGUGCUGGGUUGCUGAUCUGUAUCUUUUUCCCCAAAUGUUACAUUAUUCUUCUAAGACCAGAGCUAAACAACAGGCAGCUAAAAAAAAGGGUGAAGUAG